CAAAUGCCUCCAUUUGCCCCAUUUUGCAUUUAGAAAAGUUUCAUAUCAAAUCGUAAGAAGGAUGCAAUCAGCCUUUGAAAAGCUCCUGGCUGAUCAAGAGAAGCGCAGAAAUGAUUUCAUGGAACAAUUUUAUAAAAAGUAUACACUAACUGAAGGUGACAGUGAUGAUGAGUUGAUUGAUUUCAGAACUUUUAGGGUUAUUAAGAAGAAAGGUAAAUUAGGAAGGAAACGGUUGCAAAAACGUGUAAAAACCAAAGUGAUAAAAUUUGGAGAGAUGAAUUCAUAUUCCAUCAGUUUUGAAAGCAAAACAUAUUUGAAGCAAAUUAGAAAGUAUAUUGAACCUGAUGAAGCAUGUACUGAAAAAUUUGUUCAACAUAAUGAUGGAGGAGAAUCUGAAUUGCUUGUAACUUCUAAUACAUGCACUAAUCAUACGAAAAAGGAUUCAUUUAAAGAUGAGAGUUGUUCAUUGUCCAAAAAGAGUCAAAAUAAAACUUGGCCUUUAAAUUUUGAAUCUAAUCAGCAUCAUCCCCCAUUAAGUAUACAGUAUCCUAACAAUGUUAAGUUGGAUUGUUUAACUUUUAAACAAGACAAACAUAUAAAAAAUUUGAAAAAUCCUUUUUCAAAAAUUCGCAUGUUACCUCUAUAUGAACCAUAUUUUAAGUACAGCCCUAAACUAGAUGUUUUACACGAAGAUCAAACAAUAAAAAAUACUAUUUCUGAGCAUAAAAUUCACCAGGAAUCUUCUGAAACAAAAUGCAAUGAUUCCAACGUGAAACUUUCCAGUAAGUCUUUAACACUAAAGACAGGUGAUAAUAAUUCAAGUUCUCCUUAUAAAAUUAAAGAAUGCUCUGUUGUUUUACACAGGAAUAUACCUGCAAAGUACUUCAAACCCCUUAAAUCAAGAUCUGAUGUCAUACUUUCCCAGAGUAUUGCUAUUAAUCCACAAUUCAAUUUUAUAAAAAAGAGUAUGCCUGUAAAUCAAAAUGAUAAGCAUGCUCAGAAACCUUCACAAAAGAAAUAUGCUCGUAAGAAAUUACUUUGUAAGAAUAAUACACAUUUGACUGUUUUGAAACGUCUUCGACCAAGGCCUCCAAAAGCUGGUGGCACGAUUUUGAAGCCCCGUUCUUAUAGGAGAUGUGCUUUGCAAGUUGACGAAAUUGAAGUGAGUGGUAGUGCAGAUAAACUGCAGAAUAAUUCCAACUGUACCAUUGCUGAAAUGAAUGACAUUUUGCCUAGUAAAGAUAUUUGCAGACCUCAAACAAAGACUCAACUUAAAAGAAAACUGUUUACUGACACAUGUCAUGCUGAAAGUGUGGGUCAUCAAAAUAAAUCUUCCGAUGCAUAUUUAACCAAAAAAUCAUCUAAUAACAUUGGCCAAACUGAUCUUCAAAAUUCCAACUGUACCAUUGCUGAAAUGAAUGACAUUUUGCUUAGUAAAGAUAUUUGCAGACCUCAAACAAAGACUCAACUUAAAAGAAAACUAUUUACUAACACAUGUCAUGCUGAAAGUGUGGGUCAUCAAAAUAAGUCUUCCGAUGCAUAUUUAAACAAAAAAUCAUCUAAUAACAUUGACCAAACUGAUCUUCAUACAACUUUAUGUAUGACUAACUCUGCGUCAGUUUCUAACCAAACCAUAUUUCCGCAUUCUGGUGAUGAACAACUUUUGCCUGAGGACAGACAUGCGUCUUUGAUAGGUGAUUGGAAAAAUAAAUCACUAGAAGCUAACAACACCACUGUAUUGAGAAGAGGGAAUAUUUUUCCAAAUAGGGAUUUAUCUCCGUUAAAAUACUUUGAUGCUAAUAAUUUCAAUUCUGUUUUUCCGGGUACUGCAAAGAAUCUUUCAGCACAAAAUUCAAGUAGUAAAAAUUUACUUGAAAAUUCUUUUGUUGCCAUGAAUUCUGAUAGAUCCCAUAUCCAAUGCUCAAGUUCAGAUGAUGUGACUCUACAGCAUAAUUCUGAUAAUGAACGUCUUUCAUGCAUAUCUAAAAAUAAAUUUGCUACUGAAGCUACCAAGCACAGUAAUAUAAAAUCUUGCAAAAAAAUUUCUAGAAAGCUUUCAACUGAUGAAUCAGAAGGUCAAAAUAAUUGUCCGAAGCUGGACAAUUCUGAAGCUGACUUUAUUAAAUCAAGACAUCUUCAUUUAAGCCAAAAAUGUGCAACUGUUAAGUCUGGAGACCAUCCUGUAUCCAGAAGUAAACAUAAAAUGAGUUAUGGUAAAAAGGAAUUCAAAAAGAAUUCUAGCAGUAAUCCAGCAUAUCCAGAAAAUGUCCCAAAUAAGGACUCUUCCGCACCUAAAAUUAUAGAUUAUUGUCUGAGACCUAGGAAAAUGUCUACUCACAAUGAAUGUCCAGGGGCUGAAAUUAGUGACAAAUGUUCAAAGAAAAUUGUUUCUACACCUCAAAUUUUAAAGAAAUAUUCUAGACCUAGAAAUAUUUUUUCUUCUAAUACAUAUCCAACUAAAAAUAUUUGUCAUCCCAAGUCAGUUUCUGUGACAAAAUUGAAUAGAAAAGGUUUACGAAACUUUGACACGGAGUUUAAGAAAUCGCAAUAUGGCAAGCAAAGGGAUAUUCUUGCAAAUUCGCAAAAUAAUUCAUUUGAUGAUCUUCAUGUUCCCAGAAAAAAAUCUAUACGUUCAGAAUGUUCUGUUAAAGAUGAAUUGUUAGGUGUAUCUAAUAUUCCAUACAAGCAAUUUUUUACGCCUCAGUUUCCAAAGAAAAUACUACCAAUGAAGCCGAUUUCUAAAAGUCAAGAAUUUGCACCUAAUCUUCUGAUGGAUUGUUUAGUACAGAACUAAUAAAUAAAUAAUGGUGCUUAUAUUUGAUGUUGGGUUGAAAAUAAGAAUGUUGAUAUUUGUAUUCUGUAGAUCAUUAAUCAUUAGUUUAAAAUAAUUUAUACAUUUUCUGUUCGCAAGUCAUUUCGGACUCGGAAUUUUAAUUUAUUCUAAAAAAUUUCAUAAUCCAAAGAGAACUUUUGAUACAUGAAAAGAAUUCAAUACAAUACAAUUUUUUAUAUAAUGAUUUAUAUAAUGCAAUGUGUUUAAGUUGAGAUAGUUUUCUUACAUUUGUAUUGACAAUCAUUAAAAAAUGUUGGCUGUAUAUAAUUUGAAAACCUUUAUUAUUCUACAUAAUCUCUUUGAAAGUGUUGAUCCAAUUGAACUAACUUUGGUAAUCAAACUUCUAAUUUAAUUUUGCUUAUCAAAUUUAAAAGGAUAUGAUUAUUUUUUAAAAUCUUGAUACUUUUGAAUAG